AUGCCUGCUAAGACUAUCUUCUUCCUCGGUGCAACUGGCUACAUCGGUGGUUCUAUCCUUCAGCCUCUGCUUGAGACUCAGAGCGAGUACUCUAUUACUGCACUGGUGCGCAACGUUGAGAAGGCUAAGAGGCUGGAGACGUUUGGUGUCAAGACGCUUCUUGGCAACCUCGACGACUCGGAUAAGAUCCAGCAGGCCGCGGCGGACGCCGACAUUAUCAUUCACACUGCCUCUGCAGAUCAUGAGGGCGCCGCGAAAGCCAUUCUCGCCGGUGCCAAGGCGCGCUUUGAAAAGACUGGCGUUGCUCCCGUCUACAUCCACACAUCCGGAACUGGUGUCUGCAGUGACAACGCGCUCGGCACGCACUACGAUUCCGAGAAGCUGCCUCUCUACGACGACAGCAACCGCGCUAUUAUGGACUCCCUGCCUGAUACCGCCUUCCACCGCAAUGUCGACCUGAUCGUGCUCGGCGGCGGCGAAGCCGGCUACAUAAAGUCGUAUAUCGUCUUCCCGUCGACUAUCUGGGGCAUUCUCACCGGAAAGCUCGUCGACGCCGGGAUCGCCAACCCCUUCAGCAUUCAGGUCCCUCUCGCUAUCAAGGGCAGUAUUCAGAAGGGACAAGGCGCCAUGGUUGGGCCGGGCGAGAACGAGUGGCCGCACGUCGAGAUCCACGAGCUCUCGGAUUUGUACAUUCGGCUUUUGAAGGCCGCUAUUGAGGGCACCGCAGCGCACGGCCGUGAUGGGCUGUACAUCGGUGAGAAUGGGACAUAUCGCAUCAAGGACGCUGCCAAGGCGUACACGCGAGCGCUUCACGCUGUUGGCAAGAGCCGUACGGCUAACCCGGAGAGCUUCACUGAGGAGGAGAUCAAGAAGUACUUCGGCUGGGUACUCCCAAUGAACCAGAUCUGCCGACGAUCGGCAUUACUGUCCUAUCUCCUCGGUAUCCCGUCUUCUCCCCUACUUCUUUCACCAGAUGGUAGCUUAUUACUGUCUGCACCUACUUCUGCUCUGUCAAAUAUUUUGAGCGGGAGGUUGGGGUAA